CGACAUGUUUGUUUCUAUAUGCGAUGUAUAAAACCUAAAACAGUGAGGCUACAGGCUGACGCUAGACUACAGUAGGUCAUUUUUUCAUUGUUGCAACGCAGAUGACGCUGAUGGAAGGAGGCCGGAUUGGAGGGCGCACACGGACGUAACGGAGACACCGCAGACGCAAAUUGAGAGAGGGAGGAGAAUGGACAAGGGAUAGGCUAUACGUAACUAAAACCUCAGUUGUAGCAGCGAGGAUAAUCUACAACCUCCAGUAACAUCAAUAUGCAGGACCAGGCCUGAUAAGAGAAUAGCCUAUGGAUUAAAUACCACAUUUGGUUGACCAUUUUUCAUCAGCUGCAAUCAGUCUUUCGACGCUGUGUCCCUUGAUACAUUGUCGCAGCAGUUUCUAUUUUCAAGCAAUCAUUUUAGAAACAUUUUGCGCUACGACGACUGAUCGCAGCUCAGAUCCUACAAUUUAAACAUAAAUAAACGUUAUAGGCUAUUAUUUUGGCCACGAGCUGCAUCCACUCUUGUGGCCAUGUCGAAACCCCGGUGAGUAUAACCGUGGCUUGUAGUGGAGUUCUCUGUGGCUUCCGUAGCGACAGUACUGCCUGGUCUAAGACCUCUUUCCUGCGAUGUUCACACAAAUACAAGUUUCCUGAUAAUCAGACUGUUCUACCCAGACCAUAGUCACAAUUCUAAACCAAUAAAAUAAAAAGUGAGUGUGUUUACCAGGAGAGGAGACGAAUACGGCUUUACAGCAGCACAGCAACACAGUGAUCAUGUCUUCCAGGGAGCGUCGGUCAGACCUGUACAUCAAGGCAGAGCCCAGCAGUCCAGAGGGAGGUGGUGGGGGCCGGGCCAGCCCAGGGGGAGCCUCUUCAGACUCCUCCCAGAGUGGUGGAGGUGGGACAAGAGGAGACGGGGUUGGGCGCUACUCACCCCCUCUGUACACACCGGCCCUGCGGUGCCACUUCAAGGAGGAGGGUGGUGAUGGGGCGGAGGAGGGAUCCACAGGUAGUGGAGGAGGGCGGUGCAAGUAUGCCCUGAGCACACUACCCAAGAGACUGUGUUUAGUGUGUGGAGAUGUAGGAUCUGGCUACCACUACGGUGUAGCCUCAUGUGAAGCCUGCAAGGCCUUCUUCAAGAGAACCAUCCAGGGUAACAUCGAAUAUAGCUGUCCUGCGUCAAACGAAUGUGAGAUCACCAAGAGGCGCAGAAAGGCUUGCCAGGCGUGCCGCUUCACCAAGUGCCUUAAAGUAGGCAUGCUGAAAGAGGGAGUCCGUCUGGACCGGGUCAGAGGAGGGAGACAGAAGUAUAAAAGGCGUCCAGAGGUGGAGAAUGCGACCUACCAGAGUGCCCCUCUACCGCUUAGGAAGGAAGGGGAGAAAGGCUCCUCCAACAUCAUCGUGUCCCACCUCCUGGUGGCAGAGCCAGAGAAACUGUUUGCCAUGCCUGACCCCCUGCAACCUGAUACGGCUCAGCGCACACUCACCACCCUCUGUGACCUCGCCGACCGCGAACUGGUCGUCAUCAUCGGUUGGGCCAAACACAUCCCCGGCUUCCUGUCGCUGUCUCUGGCAGACCAGAUGUCGGUGCUGCAGUCCGUGUGGUUGGAGGUGCUGGUGCUGGGUGUGGCCUUCCGCUCCCUGGGCUGUGAGGAUGAGGUAGUGUUCGCUGAGGACUUUGUCCUUGACGAGGAGAUGUCCCGCGUGGCUGGACUGACAGAGCUCAAUGCAGCCAUCAGCCAGCUGGCCCGACGCUUCCGCUCCCUGCAGCUGGACCGGGAGGAGUUUGUCAUGCUCAAAGCCAUCGCGCUCACCAACUCCGACUCUGUGUACAUAGAGGACAUGGAGGCAGUGCAGAAGCUGAGGGACCUCCUCCACCAGACCCUGUUGGAGAUGGAGUGCCAGCGACAUCCCGAGGACCCCCAGCGAGUGGGGCGCCUCCUCCUCACCCUCCCCCUCCUCCGCCAGACAGCUGGUCGCGCCCUCACCACCUUCUACAGCAUCAAGACCCGAGGUGGCGUGCCCAUGCACAAACUCUUCCUAGAGAUGCUGGAAGCCAUGAUGGACUCGCCCUAGAGAGAAGGGAGGAUGAGGAGAAGCCAAGGAGAGCGGAUGCAAGGGCACGAUGAGAGACGGGCAAUCUGCAGAGUGAAUGGCUGGCUGCUGUGAACGGAGAGGUUUGUCUUAGAUUUUGACCAUGAAGAAUGUGGAGAUAAUCUCUGGCCUCUUCAGAGAUUCAAAAUGGUGUUAAAAAAUGGAGAAAACAUGUAUACAUGUUGUAGAUGCCCUCAGUGGAGGUUGAUGGUGGAGUUUAACACCUUAAUACUUGACUGCCAAACUUCAUUGAAAGAGUCCAAGACAUAGUCAGUUUGAAGGUCAGAAUCAUAUUAGAUUUCCAGUAUCACUAAGGUUUUUCAUUUGUAGCACUGGGCUCAGACAUCAAUUCAAUGACUAUUCCAUGUUGGUUCAACAUAAUUUCAACCAGUGUGUGUGCCCAGUGGGUAAGCUUCACAUCAGAAACUACUGAAGAACUGCAGUUAGAUAUCUAAGACCAGACUGUAACCUUGUGGCUGAGUCUUGAUUGUGAAAAAUGCAAUAUCUCCCUCCACACAAAAGCCAUACUAAAAUACCAGGCAAAGAAACAACCAUUUACAAAGACUGCAGUAUAGGGUCAGACCAACCAUGCACCCAUAAGAGUAGUAGGUUAGUCUACAUACACAGACGCACAGUCUUACAAUUUACUCAUAGGAAUUACUUGCAAUAUUUUUUAAAGCAAUACAAUACUUUACAUACAAAAGAAAAUAAUAGUGGUAACUGGUUAGGCAAUGACUGGCUAUACGUUUAGGCCUAUGUGGCAGGGUGGGUGUGGAAAAACAGCUUAUAAAAAGCUGUGCAAAUGGUUAUUAGUCCAAGAAAAGGGAAUACGAUGAUUGUCAACAAAGUGUUGAAGUGUCGCUGUACUUGGAAGUUGUUUGAUUUUAUUUAUACUGUAAGUAGUCCCAAUAGGCAUACAAAAAAAAUGAAUUAUGCGCAAGCCUUUGUGUGAGUGUAUGUGAGAGAGAGAAGGUGCGCUGUCAUUUUGCAGUGUUGGCACCACACUGAAGCGGCAAGAUCAGGGGAAAAAGUAACAGUUCUACUUUCUUGGUCAGCCUGGCCAUAACAGUGAAUAAAGAAGAUUGGGUCAGAGGGGAACAAUGGCUCCUGAGCAUGUUUUCAUUGGAUUCUUGAUUCUCCAGAUCUCUUCACUGGUCCUCUCCAACCCCUCUGAUUCAGAUGGAAUGUGCUGUUUAAAACCAUUAGUUUGAUUAACUGACUGCCGUUAUUAGUGAUCAAAUCGAUUUGGGGCUAAAAUUAGGAAUUUAAACUGUUUUUUAAAUAUAUAUAUAAUAUAUAUAUAUGAGGUGUUGUUUCAGCGGAACAGUUUGCUUCUCCUCUUGCAGCCGCUGAAAGACUGAAGAAAGGGACUUCUGUUGUUUUGACCUGGAGGUCUUCGUACUGUGUAUGACCUUUGAACUGCAAGCCUAAUAGUGCCCAAAUGGGGUUUAGAGCAACAUGAAAUGCAACACAUUCAGCCUCAUAUGGGAAUCUACAGCCACUCUGACUGAGACCCUCCUUUUAAUCCUUCUCAUAGUUUCUAUUUGUCUGUUUACUCUGUUUUAUGGGCUUGAUUUGUGAACUACAUUUAUCUAUUCAGAGCUCUUACAGUUUCUGUAAGCUACAGUGUCUGUAAGCUACCAGAAAUGGCAAAAUGUAAAGGUCCUGGACUGUUGGUCCAUUGGCCACUUGCUGAGGAAGAAUGUGAUUGUAAAUCAAUCAGAGCAGCAAAAUGCUAAUUCAGUCUACAAUGUCAUAACAUUUCUAGUAAUACAGCACCCAACAUGUAUGAUGUAGACUCUAAAUCAUACUUGUUGGGUGCUGUAUUACUAUAAAUAAGUUAUGACUGUGUAUUGUCACUGUUGAGAACUUUUAAAGCAUGGUAAAAAAAGCCCAUGAGAGCUGAAUCCGGUAAAUGUGGUUGUCCCUGACAUGAAUGAUGGGAUAGAUUCAACUAAUUGCCACUGUUAAUUGAAAUUCAUACUUGAGUAUCUGUUUUUUCUACAGGAUUUUAAUCUUGAGUUUAGGUUGUUAAACUUGGAAAGUUUGGUACUGAAAUAAGACGGUUAAACUCUGAAAGUUUGGUACUGAAAUACCUGAAUAAGGCAAUCCAUUGUGAAUGUUGUGAAUGUUAUGUUUCAAAUUUAUUACUGAAAUAGAUUUUUUUUUCUGAUAAUGUAUUGAAGAAAACCCAUGUUCUUUAGUAUAUCAAUUCAACCAUGUUGAAUUAACAUACUAUCCUCUCAAUUACCCCACCUAGUUGUGAGAGGAGGUUUUGCAGUCUGGAAACUCCCAAACAAAUGUUCGAGAUUUAGUUCUGUUCUUCGUGGCUGUGGAUGUUUGCGUUUGAUGACCAUUUGUGGCUCCAUUAUUGUAAUUCAGGUUUUUAAAUUAAAAAGUAACACCAGGCAACAAUUGUUUCAACUCUGUACUAUAUCUUGCUGUCUGAUUUGUUAUGUGUUCUAUCAUAAUUUUUGUAUUUUGUUUCUCAAAGACUGAAUUUAAAAAAAAAUGUGUACAGUUUAAUAAAGUUAAUGUUUGUGUCAAUAUUAACUCUAAUAUAAUAAUACAAAGGUAGUGUUUUCAUAGGGAUAUGCAAUAUGUAAUGCCACUUUGUCUGUCAUAUAUAGGUACGGUUGGUGGGGGGGAUUUAGAUCACAAUGUAGAGGAUGUAAAGUCAUUGCUAGUUGUUAGUAUGUUUGUGUACAUUGACGUAAAUGAGCAAUACAAGAAAUUACCAAAACUCAGUUUCACAUUUCCUUGUAUAGUCGCAUAAUGUAAAUUAAACAUCAACAGUAAUAAAAAUAAUUAAUAGUAGUACUAAAGCUUAUAAUAUGGAAAAAAUUCUAAUCGAUAUUUGUAUUAAAAAAAUACUGUAUUUAAAAUAUUAAAUUCUAUUUUUCACUCAAUUUGCUGAUGUUUGUUAAUACUCGUUUAAUUUUUUGUGUGGGUUUUAGUCUAAUGGCUGUGAAUGUUUGUGUUUGUACUGUUUUUCAGUAAGCUACAAUGGUUAAUUUGAUGUGACUGUCUAAACAAAAUGUUCAUAAUUAAAUCACUGUGAAGACAAAUGCUACACUGCAGGAAACAAGGGGUCAAUUUAAAUAUUGUAGGUGCUUUGUGUUUUGUAAUAAAUUAGCAGACACCAUCACA